CUAUUUUCCCAAUAAAUUACCAGAUUAUGUCAAACAAAAAACAAUCAAACAAGGAUUCCACAGUUCUUUUGGGGUUUCCAGAUGAAGAAAUAGAGCUUGAUAAUGAUGCUUAUGCUACAAAAAUAGGUGGUCUACCUAUCUGGCUCGAUCCCAAAACGCCACCUUCAUCACAAAUUUGUCACUGCAAAAUUUGUAAGCAACCGAUGUAUUUAAUAUUUCAAACAUAUGCACCCUUACCAGAUUCACCCUACCAUCGAGUGAUGUAUGUGUGGGCUUGUAACAAACGAUCCUGCAUGAGGAAAGAAGGAAGCUUUAAAGUUCUGCGCUCACACUUGGUAGACGAAGUAUAUUUAAAAGCUCAGCGUCAGAAAGAGGCAGAAAAACGCAAAAGAGAGGAAAAAAAGAAAGCAGAGGCAGAAGCAGCUGCCAAGGCGAAAAAUACUUCACCCUUCGGAAAUGGAUUUCAGUUGGGCGAUUUGUGGGGAAACAAUAGCAAUAAUAUGGCGACAACGUCAACAACGUCAGGUUUUGGAACAAGCGGUGCAGCUGUAGGAAGUGGGUUUGGUAUGAUGAAAACUUCGCCAGCACCUUUAUUUGGGUCAACGACAACCAAGCCAACCGCACCCAUAUUUGGAAACAAGACAGCAGCAUCUGUUGUUGCUUCUAAUAUACCCUCAACAACAGAUCAACUUGUUGAGAAGAUGACGAACCUAGGCAUUCAAGAUCCUGUCGAUACCAUGGCGCUCCCUCAAUUUCCUAGUAGAUACAUUUACAUUGAAGACGAAACAACGGUCCUGGCAGAUGCAAACAACACCAUAGCCGGGAUUGAUAUGACAAAAUAUCAGGAAUAUUUGAAUAUGGAGAAGGAAUUGCUUAUGGAAGUGGAUGGCGCGGAUGACAGUAAAGGCGAAAUAUGGCAAGGUGAAACUUACGAAAAACAAGCAUUACCACGAGGUGUGGAUAAACAGUUUAAAAAGUUUACAGAAAGAGUGGAAUAUGCACCAUCCCAAUGUGUUCGGUAUGACUUUAAUGGCCAACCUUUAUUCUAUUCUGCUUUACAACCUCAGCAACAACAGAUAGCAUCGAGACGUUGUCCUCACUGUAAUAGCCCUCGUGUAUUUGAAUUCCAAUUGAUGCCCAACAUUUUAUCCGUCUUACCCAUAACAGAGUAUGCCUCAAAAGAACAAUCAGUAAAUCAAGAAGAGCAAAAACAGCAGCAACAAACCAAAAAAACGUUACUAGACAGCUGGAAUGUCGGCAUGGAAUUUGGUACUGUUUUAGUGUUCGUUUGCCAAAAAGACUGUCAUCCUGGGCAUAUGGAAGAUGUGGCUUAUAUGGAAGAAGAACUCAUUGUUCAAUAUGAGAUGGAUUAAUAUAGAUGUCAUGCAAAGCAUAAAUUGUAGAAAGUAGACAAUUCAUACGGAUAUACUCACGCUUUUGUCUCUAAUAAAGUAUCGAAAUUUUGCAAUAUGUACUAUUUUUGAUCAACAC